AGAGAAGAAAAGAAAAGAAAAGAAAAAUUCUAGUUAAAUACUCUUUCAUUUGAAACUUAGACACAGCCUGACCUAGCCAGCACAAAGGGCGUAGGAGAAGAGGGUUUCGUUCCGUUUCAAUGGGGAGCGAAGAGCAUAACGGCGAAUUCUACCUGCGUUACUACGUCGGUCACAAGGGCAAGUUUGGUCACGAGUUCCUGGAGUUCGAGUUCCGCCCCGACGGCAAGCUCCGCUACGCCAACAACUCCAACUACAAAAACGACACCAUCAUCCGCAAGGAGGUUUACCUAACCCCCGCCGUUCUCCGCGAGUGCCGUCGCAUCAUCGCCGAGAGCGAGAUUAUGAAGGAAGAUGAUAACAACUGGCCCGAACCGGAUCGGGUGGGGCGGCAGGAGCUCGAGAUUGUUAUGGGUAACGAGCACAUUUCGUUCACCACGUCGAAGAUUGGGUCUCUUGUUGAUGUUCAGAGCAGUGCUGACCCCGAGGGUCUUCGCAUCUUUUACUAUCUUGUUCAGGAUUUGAAGUGCUUUGUCUUCUCUCUUAUUUCACUUCACUUCAAGAUCAAGCCUAUCUAAUGUGUUUGCAAUAAUAUGAGUUCAUCCUCUGGGGAAUAUGUACUUUAACAACUAUCACUUUUCUGCUAAUGGAGUUCGACCUCUGAUUGAGUGACUUUAAUCUUGAAAUGAUUUGGUUCUGUAUGGGUGAUUACAUGAAUUGGAAUUUUAAAUUUGAGGGUAUAACCCUUGUUCUAAAGUGUUGAUUGGUUUGGUUUUUAUGGAUGGAUUAGUUAUUCUUUCGU